AUGCAGUCAUCGCGCACUUUUACCGGCAAGAUUCCCACUCUUCUCCGCUCAAGAGCUCCCAAGUCAGCCACUACCCGCCGGCUCGCACAUAGCAUCACCGGUCCCAGGAUCUCAAACAGAACUCCGCCCAAGAUGUCUCUCUGGUACCCCCGCAUCUCCCACGCCAAUUCUCCAACGCCUGGCUUCUCGUCACUCUUUCGCAUGUUGGAUGACUUCGACAAGUACGCCCGUGAGCUCGGAGGUCACCAUGCCGACAGCAGCACCAGCCUCCAGAACUUCUCGCCAAAGUUCGACGUCACCGAGCACGACAAAGAUUAUACCCUGCAAGGGGAGCUCCCAGGUGUCUCGCCUGAAAAUGUCGAAAUUCGAUUUACCGACCCGCAGACCAUGGUUGUCAGUGGCCACACCGAACGCAAGCACGAGGAAGGUGACCCAUCGCUUCGCCUGGGCAGCUCCGACUCAUCCAAGAAGAUAGAAGGCGCCAAAGGUAAAGACAGUGAAGUGAAGAUGAAGGAUUCCAAGGACACCAAAGAUUCCAAGGAUAGAUCCUCGGGACCCAAGUACUGGCUGAGCGAGCGUUCAUUUGGAGAGUUCUCCCGCGUCUUCAACUUUCCCAACAACAUCGACCAAGACAAGGUGAAGGCCAAAUUCAACCAAGGCAUUCUGGAUAUCCUCGUGCCCAAGGCUGAAAAGACGGGGGCUCGCAAGAUUGAAAUUCAAGGUUAG